GGUCCUUUUCUCCUGAUGACGUGUUAGCUUUCUUUGACAGCGAUUCGUGGAAGUAAACGAUAACGAAAGAAAAAUAGAAAUAUAACAUCUCAAUAACUGUUGAUCAGAAGUUUUUUGUGUGAUUUUGGUGGCGUCUUUUCCGUCGCUGAAGAUGGAGACGCUUUACCACCAGACCAAUAAACAAAUCCAGGAGGUUCAGUCUCAGAUGGGACGACUAGAGACAACAGACAAAGAGUCAGUCCACUUAUUUGAGAAUGAACUCCAAGCCAGAAUUGAUCAGAUCUUUAACCAGUUGGAGCGACUAGAGAUUCUUGCCAGCAAAGAGCCACCAAAUCGCCGUCAAAAUGCCAAACUCCGUGUUGAUCAGUUGAAGUAUGACGUACAACAUCUUCAGACAGCCCUGAGGAACUUCCAGCACAGACGUUACGCUCGCGAGGCACAGGACAGGGAGAGAGAGGAACUCCUGAGUCGAAGUUUCACAACAAAUGAUGCAGACACUUCUAUACCUAUUGAUGAGACUCUGCAGUUUAAUUCCAGUCUAUACAAUGCUCACAGAGGAAUGGAUGACCUGCUGGGCUCAGGGUCCAGCAUCCUAAAUGGCCUGAGAGACCAAAGGGAAACACUUAAGGGUACCCAUAAGAAGAUGUUGGAUGUUGCGAAUAUGUUGGGUUUGUCUAACACCGUCAUGCGCUUGAUAGAGAAACGAGCGACGCAGGACAAAUUCAUCAUGAUGGCUGGAAUGCUGGCUACUUGUUUUGUCAUGUUUCUGGCAGUUAAAUACCUUAGCUGAACUGUCCCCCUGUCUACGGAGCUUGAACCCAUCAAUGCGUCAUUCCAACCUGCAGGACUUUUCUGUGAAAAUUCAUUGCUCAUAAUCUAAAAUACCCUACUUGAAAAUCGUCACACAUUAAGUACCUGCUAUUUUGUGGAAUGGCUGUUAAAUAAGUGGGGACAAUCUCAUCUUUUGUCCCUCUAUUCUUGCAUCUUGUGUACAGUGUUUUAAAAGUCAUUGAAUUACUUUAACUCAUUUCAUGUAGGCUGUCAGAAACAGCAUAUUGCUCUAGGUGCGUUUUUUUUAAGUAUAUUGACUGAACUAAAGAGAGCAGACAUCCUGCAACCCAAUUCAUGACUUAUUUCUUAAUCUUUGCAUAUCUUUCUUUACUUUUACAGUGCUAUAUGGUAAUAUAUAAACAAUUAAACAAUAAAAUGUCAAUUAAUCAGUAUAAAUGAUAGCUAAAAAGAUGAUAAAUUGCUUUUUUAAUUGCUCCACUAAACUGUUCAUUAAUAUGCUGUAUAUACAGCAUUUCUGUGCAAUAAAUGCUACGUGUACACACAAAUACAUACAGCAUACCCUGUUCAAACUGUGCAUGUGUACACCUCGCUGUCAGCAGGGGUCACAGCCCCUGGCAAACAGGAAAUGGGAGAUGUUAUUGAGCAGAUGUUGGACAGGUCCUGAUGCUCUGUUGAUGCACAUGCAUAAAUGCACAUAACCCCAGCAGCAUAAGACUCAACUGUUAACUAGAAUAGUUAAAUCUCAUUACUGCCAAACUCAGUGUGAAGUGUGUACAGGCGAGCUGGUCAAUAAAGAAAUACAUUUGCAAUAAUGAAUGACAUUUCAGUUCAUUAUAGUCUUUAAUAUAUAACCGUAAACAAUUUAUAGAAACUUUAAAUAUGUUCAGGCAAAAUAAGGUUAAGUGUGCCUCAUCUUUUGUAGAAAACACUUUAUAGCUUUACAGGUUGAAAUAUAUUGCUCAAUUUUUUUUUUUAAAGAAAAGGUUAUACAUUUUCUAGUCAAAUGCUUCAAUUUCAAAGACUUUAAUACGAAUACUUAUCAUUAAUCAAUCCUUAACAAUUCUUGCAACAGUGCUCAAUUCCAAUCUAAGGCAUCUAUUGAUGUUUUCUCCAACAGUGCCAUCUAGUGUGCUACAGUGAAAAAUUGAGAUUUUGUGUCCAGUUUACUGCUAGUGCCAGUUUAAACUACUUGUAUAUAUACUUAGAGCAGGUGUGGGACAGGUUGUGGUGGUUAGACAAAAUGAACUAUGUCCAUAAUUAACAGACAUAAAAAAUUUA